CACAUACUCCAAUCAUGUAAAAAUUCAAGUACCCUUCUUCCUUCUAGCUCUCUAUCAAAAACCAAAAUAGAAAAAAAAAUCAAAAGCCUCUUUAUGCUCCACUGAUGCGUAACCAAUUUCAUUUGACUUCUGCUCCAGAAUUAUGCAAAGUUUAUAAGCAAAGUUUUUAGUUUUCAUUGGCUCUUCUUAAGUUGUGGCUCUAGCCAUUCUGGGUGGUUGAACUCUUGGACUUUAAAGUGACAAGUGAGAGAAUCUAUAGCUAUGAGGCUAUGGUCAGUCCAAGGUUAGUUGUUGUGGGGAUGCAAAAUUUCAGGGCAAGAUGACAUCUUUGAGUGGAUUAGGGAUUGGAUUGAGCUUGGUAUUUGGGUGCCUCCUCUUGGCUCUUGUGGCAGAGCUUUACUACUUGCUAUGGUGGAAGAAAAGAAUCACAAACAGAGAGAUUGAAGAUGAGAAUUACAGCACCCAGCCAAAGGUACCCUUUCAAUUUAGUUGCUUUAAGAAACCCAAUUGUCUGCAAACUACAAACAACAACACCACUUCUGAGGAUAAUGUGAGAAACCCAGAUACCAAUUCUAGUGACCCAGAUUUGGAACUGGGUUCCAGCAAAGACUCGUUGUUGAAGGCCAAUUAUGGAGAAGACACCGUGGAAUCAGAGCUCAUGAGACUGCACAAUCUGGCUGGCCCGCCAAGGUUUCUCUUCCCCAUAAAAGAGGAAGAAAAGGAGGAUUUGGAAUCUGAAGAUGCAAAAUCUAGAAGAGGGUCCAGAACAAGGAGUUUGAGUGAUCUGAUUUUGGCUGUGGAUAACCCAUUUCUCACUACUCCUUUGCCUUCUCCACCAUUAAAGUCUUCACCUUUGAACCCUCUGGACUCUUACAAGCACCAUGGAUUCAACCCUCUCUUUGAAUCCUCAACAGAGGCUGAGAUGAACAGGCUGAGAUCUUCACCACCUCCAAAGUUCAAGUUUUUAAGGGAUGCAGAGGAGAAGUUGCUGAAGAGAUUGAUGGAAGAAGCAGAGAAAAGGGCAUCUAGAAAUUCGGGGCCUGCUCAAAAUCAAGACUUUGGGGUAAAAGCUCCAUCUAUUUCGACAAUGGGGACAGAAGAAAGAGAUGGGUCUUUUAUAAGACUCAUUGUUGGUAAGAACAAGGAGAGUCAGAGAGAGCUUCAUAGUGGUAAUCUGCCACAGCUUCCUUCAAGCUCUUCCAAGGUACUCCCACUGGCUUCAUCUCCUCUAGGCCCUUGUGAAUUGAAUCUCCAUUAAUUUACUCAGAGGUCUUUGUCAAUUCUAUUCAUCAGUUAAUUAGUUUUUUAAGACUGUUGAUUCUGUGUUAAUCUCAGAAAGGUUGAAAGGUUUUUGAUUUCUUCUUAA